CCCAGCUCCAACUGAAGCUUGGGACUCAAUCCACCCAAAUUCAAGAUACCCAGCACCACCACCACAACCCACCACACCACACCGCCAUGGCCGCCGCCCCACCCACAACCGCGCUCGCCUCUGGCCCACCAGGCUGCACCGUGUACGUCCGCAACCUCGAAGAAAGCAUCAAGCUCGCGCCCUUGAAGCAAUCUUUGCAAGCGCUAUUCAGCCAAUACGGCAACGUUCUCGAGAUCGUGGCGAAGAAGUCGCUCAAGUCGAAGGGGCAAGCGUUCGUAGUAUUCGACAGCGUCACGUCCGCCGAAAAUGCUAUCCGCGAGGUCCAGGCGUUCCCGCUGUUCGAUAAGCCCAUGGUCCUCGCCUUCGCCCGCACCCGCAGCGAUGCCACGGUGAAGCGUGAGCAUGCGGAGGAUGGAGGUGAGGAGAGUAAAGAGUUUGAGGCGCAUAAGAGGAGGAGGUUGGCUGAGAAGGAACGCAAACAAGCGCAAGCCGCUUUGGAGUCGUCGCGGGCAGCGGCGGCGCCCGCCGCGCCGACCGCCGCACCCAAGAAGCCAGCGGGGCUCAAGUCGACCGCACCCGCCGCCGCGCCGCAGAUUCCGGACGAGUACCUACCGCCGAACACGACACUAUUCCUGCGGGACCUGCCUGACGACACUGAGGAGGAGACGUUAGUUGGGCUGUUCUCGCGGUUCGACGCGUUCAAAGAGGUGCGCAUGGUGCCGGGGCGCAAGGGCAUCGCGUUCGUCGAGUUUGAGACGCUGGAGGGCGCGAUUUCCGCUAAAGAGGGCAUGGGCGGAAUGGUCCUCGGGGAUAAUAUCGUUAAGGUCACGUAUCAGAGGCAGUAG